AAUAUCAACUCCGUUUCAAGGUGUUGCUAGGAUUCUAGGAAGUUGAAAAACCCCACCUAAAAUCUUGAAGCUCAACGUUAUAGGGGCUGGCCGAUUUCCCCUCUUUUGCAAUCAGUUUCGCUAUAGCACCCGCUGCUGUAGCUAAUCCCUCACACACAAAAAUUAUAGCGGAACAGUAAAGCGAAAAUGGCGUUGUGGUUGGACUCGGGUGCAGAACCCCAAACGGAAAAGGAGAAGCUUGAUUUAGAGGCCAUUGUUGCCCUCAAAGAGUCUGCUGCUUUUGAACUUAAGGAUCAGGGGAAUGAUUAUGUUAAGAAGGGGAAGAAGCACUACAGAGAUGCUUUAGAUUGUUACACUAGAGCUAUAAAUCAGAAGGUUUUAAGUGAAUCGGAGACAUCGAUUUUAUAUUCGAAUAGAGCCCAUGUAAAUCUUUUGUUAGGGAAUAACAGGCGCGCCCUUGAGGAUGGGGAGCAGGCCAUUAAGCUUUCUCCAACAAAUAUCAAGGGAUUUUAUCGUGCUGCUAAAGCAUCGUUUGCUCUAGAUUUGGUGAAAGAGGCUAUAUCAUUUUGUGAACAAGGACUUGAACUAUCUCCUGAUAAUGAAGAAUUUAGAAAGCUAGUGAGGCUAGCUAGUGGCAAAUUGGCAGAACGUGAGAAGCAUGAGGCUGAAGUUUCUGAUUCUUUGAAUGGCGCUAAGGACCUUCUUUCUGCAUUUGAAGAUAGAGGAUUGAAAAUCGGUGCAGCAAUGUACCGGGAACCCACUGGGAUGAAGAAACCAGUUAUAGACAAGAGCAAGAUUCUUCAUUGGCCUGUGCUUUUACUGUAUCCAGAGGUCAUGUCCAGUGAUAUAAUUGAGGACUUCUGUGAGACAGACAUGUUUACAUCACACCUUGAUAUAAUGUUUUCAGAAAGUUGUCUGCCGCUGCCAUGGGAUAAAGAAAAUGCAUACACCCGUGAAAAUAUUGAAUUGUACUUUGAGGUUGGCUCAUCAGUUUGCUUGUCAAAGACAAAGAUUCUGCAUUAUAUUUUGGAAGGCACAGUAGGUGCUGGUGCAGUGAGCGUUAGUGAAGAAAAGGAUCCUCCAAAUUAUGGGAACCCUGCAGGUAGAGACCCUUCCAAAUGGGUGAAAAUCAAUGAGAAAAGGACACUUCAUGAUGUUCUGAAAGAACCAAAUCAUGUCAUUCCUGGCAUACCAGUUUUUUACGUUGUGUCGAAGAGCUCUACCUUCUACAACAUAUUUAAAUCUGGCAAGUGGACACCCCCUUAGUUGCGGGUUGAAGAUAGCAACUGAACUAGGUACCACUCCAAUAAUGUGCUUGAGUUUUGAUGAGAUAUUGGCUGCAUGCAAGGAAUAAACCUAUAGGAGAGGGGCAUCUAGGGAAGUGCAAAAGAAUUCUGUUAUAGGAGUUUCUUGCAUAAGUGGAGAGUUAGAGAAUAAAUGCUAUAAAUAGAGUAGUAUACAGGGGAAUCAUGAUGAAUAUUUUGGUGUUUCCUUUAGUUUUCGUUUGUGAGUGAGCAAGCCUCUGGAAUUUUUGCGUUUAUCUUAUGCAAUUUUCCAGUAUAAGAAUUCAGGUCAUUUUCAUUUAUUAAUCAUCUUCACUAA